CAUUGCUCAUUUGCUCAUAGAAACACAAGACUAAAAAGAAGGAUAUGGCUGACCAAUGCAUGCUUGUUGGGGAGAAGGAGGGAAUGAAAGCAGCUACAAAUGAAUCAAACUUCAUAUAUUCACCCAUGUCCAUUAGGGCAGCCCUUAGUCUAGCCGCACUUGGAGCCAAGCGAGAGACCCUAAAUCAGAUGCUAUCUUUCUUGGGAUAUGAUACUAUUGCUAAUCUUAAAGCAGCCUCUGCUCGUCUUGUCCACGUCAUCAAGACUUCUGACAGUGAUCAUGACAGUGGGCCCGAGCUUUCCUUUGUCAAUGGGAUUUGGUUUGAUCAGUCAAAGUUUUUGAUGCCAGAGUUUCUUCAAGUCGCAGCGUCCGUUUAUAAAGCAUUCACGGAAUGUGUUGACUUUAACCAGCCUAACAAGGUAACAAAAGAGGUGAAUGACUGGGUGGAGAAAGAGACCAAUGGCAAAAUCAAAGAUCUCAUACCAAUCAACUCUAUGAGUCCUUUAGACCAAGUCAUCCUCUGCAAUGCACUCCAUUUCAAGGGAGCAUGGCAGCACAAGUUUAAUAAAUCCCAAACAAGAGACAAAACCUUCCACCUUCUCAAUGGCAACACCAUCCAAACUCCCUUCAUGACCAGCAAACAAGACCAGUUCAUAACUUCCUUCUCUGGCUUCUCGGUCCUCCGAUUACCUUUCCGACAAACCAGAGACUUCUCAAGGAGUUUUUCCAUGAAUAUAAUCCUCCCAAAUGACACAACUGGCUUCAUUCCUCUCAUGCAAAGAAUUUCCAAUGAACCCAACUUCAUUAACCAACACACUCCAAAGAUGCAAAUGAGUGUUGGCAUGUUCAUGGUUCCAAAGUUUAAGGUCUCAUUUGGGUUUGAAGUUUCUCAGGUUCUUAAAGAUUUAGGAAUGGAGUUGCCUUUCAAUGGAGAUGCAGACUUUACAGGGAUGGCUUUGGGUUUAAAUGGUCGUUGUGAUUUGUCUUUAAAUAGAAUGCAUCAUAAGGCUUCCAUUGAAGUGGAUGAAGAUGGUGCUGAAGCUGAUGCUGCAACUGCUGUGGUUUUCCAGAUGCAACAAUGCUCCAUACGUCCAGUGAAUUUUGUUGCUGAUCAUCCUUUUAUGUUUGCAGUUGUAGAGGAUCUAAGUGGAGCUGUGCUGUUCUUGGGUCAUGUUGUUAAUCCUUUGAAUGCUUGAUUUGAUGUGUUAUUACUUGUGAUACUUGUUUGUAUUUUGAAAGUAUCUCACUCAUUACUCGCGUUAUAUACUUGUGGAUACUUGUGAUCCAAAUGUAUCGCUAAAUGCAAAUUAUAUAUCAAAUAAAAAGUGUGGGAUAAGAUGGUU